AUGCGGUCAUGCGAGGAAGGAGAACCAGCGAGAACCUGUGAAUAUUACUUCACCGUGGAAUGGUAUUUUGUGCUGACAAAAGCCUGCUACAACUGUCCCUUUAACAAGACGGAUUGUUACCGGCCUCACUGCAUCUCCGCAGAUGGCUUCCCGAGAGCCGUAGUGGUCGUAAACCGCAUGCUUCCGGGACCAGCAAUUCAGGUAUGUGAAAACGACGAGAUCGUGGUGACGGUUGACAACAAGCUGAACAUGGCUGAGGGAACUACUAUCCAUUGGCACGGCAUUCACCAGAAGGGCACCCCUUACAACGACGGUGUGGAAAUGUUGACCCAGUGCCCUAUUCCCGCACACACCCAAUUCCAAUACAGGUUUAUUGCCGACACACCGGGAACACAUUUCUGGCACUCCCACGCCGGAUUGCAGAGGUCUGACGGUUAUUUCGGGGCUCUGAUUGUACGACAGACUCCAUCCGCUGACGUCCAUUUUGACCGAUAUGACUACGAUUUGUACGAGCAUAGCAUCCUGAUUACCGAUUGGCUAACAGAGGUGUCAGUCAACAGGUUCACCCAUCAUCACCAUGACGACGGAGACAACAAACCUAAAUCCAUGUUGAUUAAUGGAAUGGGUGCUUAUCAAGAAUUCUUCGACCACACCACAAAUCAGACCGUAUUCACACCGAAAGCUGAGUUUAAAGUCUCUAAGGGAUAUCGCUAUAGAUUUCGAGUUAUCAGCAAUGGUGUUUUAAACUGUCCCAUCCUGUUCUCAAUUGACAACCAUACACUGGAGGUCAUAGCAUCGGAUGGGGCACCGUUUGAACCGUAUACCGUCGAUUCCAUUGUCGUGUACGCUGGGGAAAGGUUCGACUUCAUCCUGACCGCCAACGAGACAGAGGCGAACUACUGGCUUCGGCUGCAGGGAUUAGCGGAUUGUGGCCCGCAGUUCUCCAUGUCAAAACAGACGGCCAUUUUGAGAUAUGAUGGAGCUCCAGACGGGGAGGAUCCGCAGGGAGAAACGGACUAUUUCAGCAAUGCAAGGGAGGGUAAACAACUGAACCCGCUGAACACGCGAGAAACAGCAGACAUGGUUCCUAUCGCCAAGAUGAACGCUUCCUUUCCAGAUGACGAUGUUUCUGGUACACCGGACAAAAAGUUUUUUAUCGGCAUGGAUUUCCACAAAAUCGACAACAGAUAUUUCCACGACUCUAAAUAUUACCCUGUAUACGCCAUUGAACGGAAAAAGCAUUUAUACACCCCACAGUUCAACAAAAUCACCAUGAAGCUGCCGCCAUCACCACCUAUCAGCCAGCUUGAUGACCUGUCAGAGGACUUAAUUUGUAACGAAGACACUGUUACUAAAAACUGCACAGAGGAACAUUGUGAAUGUGUGCAUAUAUUGCAAGUGAAGCUAAACGAUCUAGUAGAAAUCAUUGUUGUGGACGAAGGCGUGACCUUCAAUGCCAAUCACCCGAUACAUUUGCAUGGCCACGCCUAUAGAGUGGUUGGAAUGGACAGGGUGAGUUCUUAUGCUUUUAUACAUCGAGACCAUCGUAAGAAAAACAACAAAGAUUUCUACACCAACCCUGCCUCGGCCAGUGCGGGAGAAGUCAUGUUAGGGAAGGGAUAG